UUAAUGUACAAAGUGACAACUCUUACGUAGUAUAAUCACUUACUCUAUGGUAAUUGUUCAAGCAACAUUGCAAAAAAAGUUGGUGAUGUUUAUUUUAUAUUUGAAGUGAAUGUUUAGCCAUUGAAGAAGGAUAAUAAGAUCAGACUUAUGCACACUUGUGCACUAUUUAGGACAUCAUUAUACUAUGGCACUUCCACAAAAAAAGUAUUACAGACAGCGUGCUCAUUCUAACCCUAUAGCCGAUCAUUGUUUUGAUUACCCUACUCACCCGGAUGAUUAUGACUGGUCUGCCUUAUACCCUGCAUACAAAAAUGAAAAAAAAGUAGCAUUUUUGGAUGUAGGAUGUGGAUAUGGGGGAUUAUUAGUAACAUUGUCACCAAUGUUUCCAGACAGUUUAAUGUUGGGAUUAGAAAUUCGAGUGAAAGUGUCAGAUUAUGUGAAUGAUAGGAUUAAGGCUUUGAGAGCAACACAUGCUGACCAGUAUCAAAAUAUUGCUGUGUUGAGAACCAAUGCUAUGAAGUAUUUGCCAAAUUUCUUUCAUAAAGGCCAGCUCAAAAAAAUGUUCUUCUUGUAUCCAGAUCCACAUUUCAAAAAGGCCAAGCAUAAAUGGAGGAUAAUCAAUAAAUGGCUGCUUUCUGAAUAUGCUUAUGUUCUUGCAGAAGAGGGAAUUAUCUACACUAUAACUGAUGUAAAGGAUUUACAUGAAUGGAUUGUGACACAUUUUGAAGAACAUCCACUGUUUUCAAGAAUUACUGAAGAAGAGAUGAAUAAAGAUCCUAUUGUUGAGAAGCUCUACGAAAGUACAGAAGAGGGUAAAAAAGUUACUAGAAAUAAUGGGGAAAAACAUGUUGCGGUAUUUCAGAGAAUUGCUGACAAGGAAAGUUAGGAAUUAAACAACUAUUUUAUUAAUUA